UCUUCGAAUCAGGAAUCUGUUUUCCAACGUCGAUGGCCGGCUGUUAAUGAUGUUGUCCAUCGUUUUCUUAAUAUGGAGCAUGUACCACAAGCGGAAUGGGUAAAGCUUUUCGAAGAUGUAUAUCAAAUCAUCUCAUGGGAGGACUCGUGUCAUGAGAAAAUGUUUCGUUCCCUUAACGAAUCCAUUAAAGCUGCUAUUCUUAAGUCUCAACAACGUGUAAUGCAAAGUGGGGAUGAAACUUCCCUCCUUAAGACGUACAAUCACGAGUGGACAUUAUUUUCUGAAAAAAGCGAAAACUUACCAAAUCCUUUUGCACCUUUGGACAAUUUUCUUGGAGUCAAACAUAAACAAAGUGGACCCAGCAAACGAAAGCUAAAGUAUAGUGCUGUUAGAAAGGUUCGCGAUGCUUUUUUUAAUAAGUAUUUCAGUUAA